AGGAAGGCGUGUCAUUGGUGAAGCCGGGAGGCUGGCCGCAAAGGUUGGGGAAAGGAAGAGGAGAAAAGGGAUUAGGGGAGGUGGGUGCUGUGGCGCAGCCUACGGUCAAGUAGGUCCCUCCCCGGUCCGCCUCGAGCCUGAGGGGAGGAGACUUAAGGCUGGUCCACAAUGGAUGGAGGAGAAGGUGGCACCAACUCUGUGAUUAACAAAAGGUUUGUAACUGAAGCAGAACUUGAGGAGCGACGGAAGAAAAGGCAGGAAGAAUGGGAAAAAGUUCGAAAGCCAGAAGACCCAGAAGAGUGUCCUGAGGAAGUGUACGACCCCCGGUCGCUCUACGAAAGACUUCAGGAGCAGAAAGAUAAGAAGCAGCAAGAGUUUGAAGAGCAGUUCAAAUUCAAAAAUAUGGUCAGAGGCCUAGAUGAAGAUGAGUCCAAGUUCCUCGACGAGGUUUCUCGGCAGCAGGUCCUCAUAGAAAAGCAGCGUCUAGAAGAAGAUCUGAAAGAACUGAGCGAAUUCAGAAGUGCUCUGGCAAAGGCUGCGGGAAGCCCUGACUUGAAAAAAGAGGCCGAGAAAAAGCUGUUGGUGAAGUCUGUGGAAAACAAGAGCAAGUUCUCUCAGGCAAAGCUGUUAGCUGGUGCUGUGAAACAUAGAAGUUCAGAAGGUGCCAACAGCGUGAAGAGACUAAAGCUUGAUCCUGAUCCCAACCCAGAUGAGACUCCAGAAAAGCCCUCUUGCAUUCCUCUGGGCAGCAGCUCCACCGGCGAUCAAAUGGUCCACUGCCCCUCAGCAGCAGUGUGCAUCGGGAUCCUGCCGGGCCUCGGGGCCUACUCAGGAAGCAGCGACUCCGAGUCCAGUUCAGAUAGCGAAGGCACCAUCAACUCGGCCGGCAAGAUUGUCUCCUCGGUAUUCCGUGGCAGCAGCAGCUUUUUUGAUGGCUCAUUAUAGGAUUUGUCGCGACUCCUUUGAUGCUUGGGUAGAAAAUCUUAUCCCCCCCCCCCUUCAUCCUGGUCAUCCUCCAAGCGCUCGAUCCAUCUCUAUUCUUCCGAUAAUACCAAACGGCAUCUCGACGCUGUCUUCUGUGGGUGUCUUGUUUCCUUUAAGACUGUCUUUGAUUCUGGGGAGAAAUGUCAUUUCUAUUGUAUCAUUGAGAAUGUAGAUUGCUGUGGUGCUGUAGCAGAGUUUUGGUGUCGCAUAUGAUUAAAGAAAUCCUAGAUGCGUUUAAAA